GCAUUAUUAUCGCUCGCAGUUGGGUAUCCGUUCCGCCAAAACAGAAGCGUGUCUGUGUGGCGGCAUUAGCGUUGAUGCAUCCUCUGUUUACUCGAGAUCUUUCGUGCUACGAAACGUGAUAAUGGUGAACCUGUGCUGCAAGACUGCCCGCCGACAAACAUCACGUGGAAAUGUAGCGCUGUGUUGAAAAGGCGUUUGAUUUAGGCUUACAUCUGGUCUUGACACCAAAACCAACCAUGGCCGAGAAGUCUUCCAACAGACCUUCGAAUGUUUCUGUGAAACCGGUGCCCAUGAAACUGUUUGCAGCGUGGGAGGUGGACAAAACUACGCCCAAUUGCAUACCCAGACAAUGCACCUUCACAUUGACGAGGCUGGUCCUGAUAAAACCUGUGGGAGGCGAUGUGACGUCGGUCAUAGUGGCCGUCAAAAUGCAGAGUUCCAAACGAACUUUACGUUCCAAUGACAUACCGGUUCCCAACAGCGGUCUGCUGGACAGCGAGCUGGACCUCACGUUUUCAUUACAGUAUCCUCAUUACUUGAAGGGUGGCGGCAACAAACUCCACGUAAUCCUGCAACGCAGGAAGAGGUAUAAGAACAGGGCCAUGUUGGGGUACAAGACGAUAGCCACAGGAGUGAUCAACAUGUCCGAGGUGUUGCAGCGACCGCUCGGCAGGGAUCUUGAGCUGAUGAGCGAAGAGAAAGAGAAGGUUGAUGCCAUCGGUCGCAUUCGCGUUGAAGCACUCAGUUCGCAACCCGUUGAGCAGGAAGACCCAGACAGGCAGAAACACCCGCACUUCGCUAAUGCAGAUGCAGAACGAUCGGCAGACUACACGGACGAUGAAGAUGACUCCUCGUCUAACGAUGAAGGCAGCGAUAGCGAAGCAGUCGUUGAGGACGGUGCUGGGCACACCAACGGGGCUUUAAGACGUAGGAGAUCGUCGCAGAUGCGCAAGAGGAAUAUUAAGCAGAAGUUCAUCGCGCUAUUAAAGAAGUUCAGGGUUCAGGGCGCUGAGGCAUUUGAUACAGAGCACUAUCCAGAAGAACUGGAACAGGAGCUCAUGCACAAGAACCCGCGUGAAAUCGAGGACCUGCUAUUCGAUGAGCUGGAUGACCUCUCUGACAGUGGACCCGAAGCUGAUGACAUCAGUAUAUCGUCUACUCCGAAACCUAGUCUCAGACCCUUUUUCUCGACAUCCACACUCGUUCCUCUAGAAACAGAAAAGUCACACUCGGAAAAACAUAGCGAUGACAGCCUUCGAAAAGGAGAGUCAGAUAGUGCACAGGACACUGGAACAGAGCAAGAGUACUACGACACUCCUGCGUCCACGGGAAGUCCGCCCAAGAUGACACCGGAGGAACGGAAGUCCUCGUCAGACAAAGAAACUAAGGAGAAGAAGUCUAAGCUGUUUGCCAGGGAACGGCACACGUCCACGAGCAAAGAGAAGCGGGCACCUAGUCAAAAGGAACAGCGGGAGAAGGGAAGCAUCGAUAAGUCCACCAGCUUGAAAGAUACAGAAAGCAGCCCGCGCAAAUCUGUUGUGGACCAGUUGGCCUGCAUCUUCCCUACGGAUGAGAGCAUUCCAGAGAGGAUAGUGCUGGUGGACGCAGGUGGUCAUCCUGGUGGUCACGGUGUUGCACUGGCACUGCAGGCAGCAACGCAGCAGAGCUGGGUUGUCACUGCAGGCACAGGGCCAGACCUGCGAGCAUCUGUUUCUACGCUUGUCAACAAGAUUCAGAAGUUCUGCAACUGCAAUUCCAAACCCCCACCCGUCAUCCGUGUCGGAGUCGUGGGGCCAGACAGCUUUGUAACUUCGGUUCUGAGGCUCUACGUGGAGCAUUUUUCCAGCAAACCUCCCGAGUGGCAGCACUACGUUCGCUUCUUCAUCAUUCCUUUAGGCACAAGUGCAAUAGCCAGGUACCUGGCCAGCGUCGAUAACUGCUACACUGCACAAUUUGUCGAACCAAGUUGGAAAGAGUUGGUGGACCAUACCUCAGACGACAGUACCUCGUUGGAAUCUCAGGAGCUGAUGGACCGUGUUGUUAACUACCUGUCCAGUGCCAAUGCUGUUCUCCAGCUUCCUGUGGCUGAAGUCAUGGCUACAUACAAAGAAAAAAGUUCUGAUGAAGAAUCUCUGCAAGUAUUCAUACCAUUCAUUAGUGAUGUGAAGAUAGGAAUGAUGGAAGGAACAGCAACUUCUGUGGAUUAUGAAGAUGGUUCUGUUGCGUUGAGUGGGUCACCCCCAUCAACGUCGCUGAUGGAGAAAGCGAGAGAAAACACUACGCCACCCAAUUCACCUUGCAUCAGCAACACUAUUAUAAACAGUGGAGGUGGGAACUGUGCCCCACCAGUGCCAACACCGACUACACCACAACCAACAGAGUCAAUGGACCUCCAACUGGAUUACUGGACUCUGCCACUGCGAAUGGAACAGGGUAAAAGGGGAGAGUCCAACAAGUUCACCCUGAAGCAGGCCUUCCGUUCCCUGCAAGUGUCGCGUCUUCCCAGCAUCGGGGAAACCCUUGGUGCUUCACUCACUCUCAGCUACGUUAUAAAAGAGAAGAAGCAAAAGAUCAUGCGUCUGGGCAAGAAGAAAGAACGAGAGACCGACAAGGAGUCCCGUUGCCAAGUGGUGGAAGGCGUCCACCGUCUCAUCUGCUCGUGCAAAAACGUGCAGGCACCUCUCAAAGUCGCUGUGGACGGUGUUGACUGGAAUGGGGUCAAGUUCUUCCAGCUGACUUCCCAGUGGCAGACCCACAUCAAGUACUUCCCAGUGGGACUCUACAUUGUUCCAGAACACGGGCCGGGACACUAACAUCACCCCAGUUUUUCCCCAUCUGUCUGCUGUACAUAAGUCAUUUACCCGCAGAGAGUCACUGUGACUGUCGUCUGACAGCUAACUGGGCAAAGGAGACAGUGUUAUUUGGAGUGCACCGUCUCUACAGGUGAUGCCUCAUCGAGAGUUUGCUGUCACCCAACACAAAGUUGCGGCCAACCUAAUAUAUACAUAUGCAUGUUGUCUUGUGUUGCAUCGAUCGAUCGGUGCAGUUUGAUGUUGCAAGAAGAGAGAGACGCCGAGUUUUUUUGUCUUUCUCUUACACUGGCUCAAGUCGUGAUGGUGGUUUGUUUAGAUGAGUACUGUACUGUGGAAGAACUUUUACGUGGUUUUAGUAUGUUGUUUCGCGCUUUAUUUUUCCCAGUAGGUGACGAACCCCCCUGCCAUUUACUGUGCUAGAGUCUCUCCUUCCAGUGUCUCUCCGACAGCGUGUAGCGUAGGUUUUCGAUGGAUGGAUUAGCCAAUGCAUAUCACUAGAGUGACUACAGAAUUGUCUUUUUAGGGUCUUUGUCCUUUUUGGGCAACUGCAACUUUAGAAAGAGCUUUUUACGUGCUACUCUUACAACGCAACUGUUUAGUCAGAUCGGAGUAAUAUUUAUUUUCCGUCACGAGAUAGUUUUUUUCUUGUCCCAGUGUUUCUGCUCAGCUUUUGGAACUCUGUAUUAAGUUUUUGUCUUUUUUUUAGUAUUGCUGCGCAAUUUCAAUGUGUACUCGUUUCUCUAGCCCCUACCACAAAAUAGUAAAUGCUCCGUAAUAAUACUUUGAGAGGCAUCAGCGUAGAAAUGUCACAGAGUGGAUGCUGCGUAUAUCCUCGCUCGAUUUUUGUUCCUCGAAUAUACUUCAUUAUUUGCAGCCCGAGGUUUAAAUAAAUGUUGCCAACUAGACUGUGUAGAAGAUUGCUAAAUGUAGAGGAUACGCUUUAAAACCAGCCUAAAAUACGUACUUUAAUUCGCGUUACUUUCUGGCUCGUUCAUGGUGUGCGGAAGAUUGAUACGAAAUAAGGCUUCAAGUAAUGUAAUACCAACGCUAAAGCACCACUAAGUUAGACCAUAACUGAACUGAAGGAACUCCGAAAAUCUGUUGAAUUCAAAGGGUUUGCUUACAUUCCUUGUGUACUUGGCCAUGCAAAAAUGGGAAAGUAGUCUUCUGAACAUGUUGCCACGUUUGCUUCCUGCUAUGGUAAAAUGUGUCACGAAGCGUUGUUACAUUUUCCUAGGCCUUCAUGUAUUACACCAGGUCUGAAAGCCCAUAAGGAAAUGCUGUGCUUGUGUGCUGCAGCUUCCCCCCUUGAUUUGAUUUGAUUUGAUUUGAUUUGAUUUCAUUUGGUCUUUUCUUCAAGGUAAAAAGUCACAAAAACUGAGUGGUCCCUUGCAGCUGUGGUUUGCACAGUUUCUUCAAGAUGCGCGCUAUAAAGUGUUUUAUUACUCUUGGGCAUAUUACCGCACAAAUAUUCACGCUCUGUGCCAUCCAACGACAUCGGUUGCAAUCUUAUAGGUGAGCCAUGUUACGGGCAUGACCUACGAGAUUAUAACGACCAUGGCAUAGGCACACCUUCCCAGCACCGCAUUUGGAAGCUUGCGGUGGCGCCACUCAUCGGCCCGGUUACUGCUUCCUCAAUCUCUGCAAUACUUUGUACUUUAGCUUUCCUUAGUAUUUUUGUCCCACGGAAGAUGAUUCUUUCUAAAGUUGAUUAUCAUCAUCAUCAUUCUACAGGGUUUCAUAGGAGCUGUUGCUGUCGUCUGCUACGGUAGUCGUACGUCCGCUUCUGCACGUUCAAAAUUCAAAUUUUCCAUAGUCCAAUCAAGACGUAGAUCUCGCGGGCCGAUGAGUAGCGCCCCUAGUGGAUCAUGCAGCUGGGCUCCUCACUGGGGUUGUCGAAUGUGACAUGGUUGUUAUAAUUAGAGCCUGAAGUUUUCGGGAAAUAUUUUUUCUAAAUUUGGGGGGGUAAAAAUCGGGUAAAUAAACGUGUGCACUAAAUUCGUGUGAAUUCGGGUGGAAAAACUUCCAGUAUGCUAAAUUCCGGGGGAAAUUGGGCUCAGUUACUCAAAGUAACUGUACUGGUUUUGUACAAACGGUGAUGUAACUGUGUUUGCUGCCAAACAAGUAAGGUAGUGCAUUCCUACAGACACUCAAGUGAGGGCAAUUUUUCCAGGCAAAAAACUGUGUUUCACCCUAAAGGGGCAACCUUCAGUUUGGCGCGCAAAUUCGGGGAAGAAUCGGGUAAAACCCUAAAACUUCAGGCUCUAGUUAUAAUCUAGUAGGUCGUGGUUACGGGUUACAUUGCGGUACGUAAGUGAGCUGCAGAAGCUUUCAGUGGGAGAAUUGUGAAGCUUUCAGGCCUGGCAUAAUAAAUGGAGGGCUAGCAUCUUCCUACCACAUACCACAAUGUAAAGGUAAAGGUCGAGCCAAUGUCCCCGAGACAUGCCGUAAAAUCUACUAGAUUUAGUGACUUUCUACCAGGUCCAGCAACAUUGAAUUCGUUCUGUGGAAUUUUUUUCCCUCUUCUUUCCUGCUAUUUAAAAGGGACACAGAAAGCAUGUGCUGUCCAAGCAAUCACCCAAAGUCAGAUAAGUGAGUGCUGUGUUGUCAUGUGCAUUUGUAUGUAUGUAAAUAUAUUUGCUUUUGUAAAAUAGCGUGUUAGUCAUUAUGUAACAGUGCUGGUACAGCAUGGCUACAAUGUUGUCUGUUGAAUUGUGUCGAUGUCGCGGAGAUAGACGCAUCAGUCUGGUCAUGAGCCCGCUGGAAAUUUUGCCUGUUUCAUGCUCACAGUUUCUACGUGCAUACAGAGCACAAUCAGCGUGGUUGUUCUCGGUGAUAGUAAAAGAAACAGAAAAAAGUUUGUACUGAUUAUGAACAAAGUGCUGCGUAGGCUCGCGAGAGUUGUGUAGGACAUAUAUGGCAUACAUUUGCUACUGUCUAGAAAGUGUACACCACAUAUUAUACAUACGACUUCUUUCAGUGUUAGAAUAAACGUGUUUUCAGUCCA